AUGGAAUUUCAAAGUGUUCGAACAGUACUUCCCGGAGAUUUAGUAUAUGUAGAAUCAGAAAAAGACGAAAUUAUUCUUGGACCAGGUUUAAUGCAAAAUGAGGAGUCAAUAAUUUGUACUAAAGCAGGUGUUCUUAAGAGAAAAGAAAACUCUUGGUUCAUUGAUUCGGAUCAGAAAAGAUAUAUUCCAGCUACGGGAGAAAAUGUAGUUGGUAGAAUUAUAGGUAAAAUAGGUGAGGUUUAUCGAGUAGAUAUUGGAAGUGCACAUCAAGCUUUAUUACCUUUUCUAGCGUUUGACAAUGCGACCAAAAAAAAUAGACCAAAUUUGAAUAUCGGAGAUUUGUUAUAUGCGCGCAUUUCAUUAGCAAAUAGAGAUAUUGAUCCGGAGAUCGAUUGCAAAAAUCCUUCGACUAAUAAAGCUGAUGUUGUAUAUGGAGAAUUAAAAAAAGGAUUUAUAUUGAAAUGUUCUUUGAGAUAUUGUCGAAGAUUAUUUUCACUAGAAACAAAAAUAAUAGAAAUACUUGACAAGAAAUUGGCUCAAAAAAAUAUCGAAACUCAUAUUGCAAUUGGAUUGAAUGGUCGUAUAUGGUUUUACACAGAGAAAAUUAAACAUGCAGUAGUAUUUUAUAAUGUACUAAAAAGGGCGGAGACGAUGUCCGAUGAUGAAUUUUUGGAGAUUGUAAAGAAUUUGGACUUGGAUGGAUGA